AUGGCAGAUAUUAUGGAAGCUUUGGAUGUUGGUUUGGAUAUUCCUCAUAGUGACAAGAGAUUUGUAGGGUGCUCCAAGGAUAGCAAGCAACUUGACGCUGAGGUCCAUUGCAAGUACAUUUUUGGUGGUCACGUUGCUUCAUAUACGAGGGCUUUGAUGGAAGACGAACCAGAGAAGUACCAGUCUCACUUUAGUGAGUACAUCAAGAGAGGAAUCGAAGCAGAUAACAUUGAGUCCUUGUACAAGAAGGUUCACGCCGCAAUAAGUGCUGACCCAUCUGCUAAGAAGUCUGAAAAGGCUCCUCCUAAGCAGCACAAAAAGGUUGGUUUUCACAUGCAGCCUGACUUGAUCGGAUGCUUGAAGUUCAACUUGAAGGAGCUGACAUAUGAGGAAAGGAAAGCCAAGUUGAUUGAACGAUUAAAGCCGCUUAACGCCGCUGUCGGCGCUGAUUCCGAAGAUGAGGAUUGA